CGCUAACGCAGACAUCCCUGCGUUGAUUCAAACCACAACAUCGCACGCACAGACGAAUUCGCCCAUGGACAACCCGAUUCCGAGUCUCAUCACUCUUGCUGCUGCUUUUUCUGUAGUUGUUGUCCUCCGCCGCUUCUUCGGCAGCAAGAGUUUUUCCCCUGCACCGCCCCUGCCACCGGGCCCACGCAAGUUGCCAUUCGUAGGGAACUUGUUCUCUGUGUCCAAAGGCCGAGAGUGGGAGGCCUACGCCCGGCUGGGCCGGGAACUCAACUCGGAUAUCAUCCACCUCGACAUGGCAGGGACGCAUCUCAUCGUGCUCAACUCGGCCCAGGCUGUUGACGAUCUGCUGAAUAAGAAAUCGGCUUUGUAUUCUGAUCGACCAAGAUUCACGAUGUUGCAUGAUAUCUUGAGAUACGAUUUCAGUCUCACAACCAUGGAGUAUGGCCCUCGUUGGAGAAAAGCCCGUCGACUGCUGCAUCAACAGGCCAACUUUGAGACGGCGAAACAAUUUUAUGCCACACAGGAAUCUGCCUCACGCCGAUUUCUAAAAAGCCUUCUGACUGAUCCCGUAUCGCUGCAGAAAAAUAUCCAUCGGCUCAUCGCGGAAACAAUAUUAUCCUUCGCAUAUGGCCUGCCGAUCCAGCGUGAGAACGAUCCGCUGGUCGGAUUGUCGGAAGCUGUCACCCGAAUCGGGAUGGAAGCAGUCACUCCAGGCCGAUUUCUCGUCGACUCGAUCCCGAUGCUCAAGCACUUUCCUGCAUGGUUCCCUGGCGCCGGUUUCAAGCGAAAUCUCCAUGAGUGGCGGGCACUCGGUCGCUCCGUCGUUGAGGCUCCCUUCGCGCAGGCCGCUGGAAUGCCCACUCUGUCUUUCAUCACCGCAUGCCUCGCAAACAGCCCAAUGGAAGAUGAGCAGACCAUCAAAGGAGUCGCUGCAACAAUGUAUACGGCAGGCCUCGAUUCGACCAUGGCGGCCGUGUCGACGUUCUUCUUGGCUAUGCUCGCGAAUCCGGAGGCCCAGGCCACUGCGCAGCGUGAGAUCGACGCGGUCACGCACGGCGAACGGCUCCCCGACUUCUCUGACCGCGAGAAGAUGCCGUACGUUGGGGCACUGGUCAAGGAAGUGCUGCGCUGGCAUGUCGUUACUCCGAUUGCAAUCCCGCACCGUGUUACAGUCGAAGACGAGUACAAGGGCUAUCGGAUCCCUGCUGGUGCUUAUGUCGUCGGCAACAUGUAUGAAUUGCUUCGCAACCCGGCGACGUUUCCAGACCCGGACAAAUUUUCACCUGAACGGUUCCUCGACGAUUCCGUGGCGAGGGACAUGAUUGGAUCGAUCGAAAUUGCAUACGGAUUUGGGCGCAGAAUCUGUCCUGGGCGCCAUGUGGCGAUGGCCACCCUAUGGAGUGCGUUCUCUGGCGUUCUCGCCACAUUCCAUAUCGCAAAGGCCGUGGAUCAGAACGGAGACCCCAUCGAGCCAACGUACGCAUAUGAUUCUAAUCUGAUCGACGCACCCGUCCCAUUCGAAUGUCGUAUAAUCCCGAGGAAUGAAGAACUUGCCAAGCUUCUCUCCGGAGAAGAGGAAUAGAGUUCAGAGCAUACCUUCCGGGCCGGGGGCGGGCCGCAUAUAAAAUGACUCUUUAAUGUAACUUUUUUUCGGUGGACAGUAAAGAUUAUUUGAGAUGGAUG